AUGGCGGGGGGCGACGCGACCCGCCCGCGCCCUGGCGGGGACACCGGGCCCGCCCGCGCCCUGCCGGGAGCCGCCUCCGCCCUGCCUGGGCCGGGCCUCCGCGUAGCGGUGCAGACGCGGAUCCGGGGCGAGCGAGCCGGCGGAGAGCUGCCGGUCUGGCACCAGUACCUCCUGCCACAGGAUCUGGGGCCCACUGCAGUGUGUAUUGGGAGGCGAGCAUGCAGCUGUGUGGGUGCUUGGCUGCUGGCCAGGGUCAACCCACCACACUGGUUCAUUUACUCCUCUCUCUUCCCCAUUUUUGUUCUUGGUAGUAAACGAGGUGUGUCUGCUGCCAAUUUCUCCCUCCAUGAGGCCCACUGCUUGCGGUUUUUCACUCUCUGUCCAGAAUGUGAUAAACCACUUGCUCGAAAUGAUAUGAAAAGUCAUCAAACAGAAGCACACAAGCAGGUCAGAUGUAAUCUUUGCUGCCAAGGCAUGCAGCAAUAUCAGUUGGAGCAUCACAUGGCCAAGCAAUGCCACAAACGAGUAAUGAAAUGCAAAAUCUGUGAGCUGGAAAUGCCCUUCAACAAACUUCAGGAACACCUAAACACCUGUGCCAGUCGAACCAAAUGGUGUUGGGAGUGUAACAAAUAUGUCAUGUACAAAGACCAGAACAAACACAAAGAUAUUUGUCAGAACAGUGGUAUGUCCUGUCAUAAGGACAUGAACUUUCAAAUCAGUGAAGCAUCUACUAAUGCAAAAUUUAUUUACUCCACUGGUACCGCUGACAAUCUGUGUGUGAGGUGCAAUAAGUCAUUCCCAGAUGACCAGUACUCCCAACAUCUGCAGAAUAAAACCAGUACAACUCAUAAGCUGACAGAAGUUCUUGCUAGCCAGUCAACUUCAAAACCCAGCAGUGAUCCACCACAGUCUUCUACCUCCCUGGCUCCCUCUUCCAGCUCUGAAAAGGCAAUGGCAUGGAAAGAUCUCAGUCCCAAAGGGAAAGGAAGGUACCAUCCAUUGACCUCCAAAACCUCUCCCAAACCUUCAAAGAACAAAAAGAUGGUUGGCUUUCCUUCUCCCACAAGAGGCAGACUUUCUACAUCACCUCAAGCUCUUAAAGACACCUGGUCUUACGACUUGCUGCUGACCUGUGCCCACUGCAACAUUCUUCUGCCACUUCCAACUCUUCAGAAACAUGAGGUGAGAGGUGAUGUAUUGGACUCAGCCUCCUACAUGCUUGAACAAAGAGCCACACCUACAUAUUAAUAAGUAUUUGCUACUUAUCCCCUCACUGCCCAGGGUCCAUUUGCUCACAUCUAUACAAACAAGAUCCAUUGCCUAUAGUCCACCUGAUUUUUAGGGAAAUACUAACCACAACUCAAGCCAUUAAUUUUAAGCUCAUAUCCUGGAAAGUCUGCAGUGCCACUCUUUUGUUCUGAACGCUGGUAUUCCUGCUAAUCAAAGACUAUAUCUAAGCUGUAUCAGAGAUGGAGCUUUAGAUAAUUUUCCAUCCCAACAAAGGGGCCUAGUUGCCUCACUAUUGAAUAUGAUUGUGGGUUGAAUAUAAUGUUCUCCUCCAAUAUAACUAUUAUUUAUAUUUUAGAUCAAAUGUCUACGUUUGAUGUCUUUGAGAAAUGCUAAGAUGAACCAAAAAACAAACAGUGGAACAAAAGGUAUAGCAGA